GCUCCCUCUGAACCCCACACCACAUCUACUUGUCUCCAACUGAGCAACAAGUGGAAGAGGAGCAGCACCAGCUACAGAGCUGAACAUGAAGUCUCUUAUUCGUCUCUCACUCCUGCUUCUCCUGGCUGCAGUUCUGGUGCAAGGAAUGCCAACCUCCAGCAGAGGACGCUGUCUUUGUGUAACAGCUGGUAUACGUUCAAUCCACCCAAAAUAUAUUGCAAAGGUUGAAAUAUAUGGGCAAAGCAGCAGUUGUCAGCAAAUCGAAGUGAUUGUCACACUGAGAGAGAGCGGGCAAAGAAAAUGUCUGAACAGCAAAUCCAAGCAAGCAUCACGCCUGAUACAGAAAUUCUUGAGGAGAAGUAAGUAACAGCAGCGACCCGAAAGGAAGACUGUGCAAAACUACUAGUGAACAUGACUGCUCAUGCCAUUUAUCUGCUCACAACAAGGCAAGCACCCAACCAGCCGGACUCGUCACUGGAGUGCUAUUCCAUAGCUUCUAGCCAAGAAAGUACAUCAUGAUGUGUGAUCAGCCCCACAGCAGAUAAAAUAUUUGCAACUGUUUUUCUGUGUCAACAUCUGUCAUCAUUUUGACUGCUAUUGUCAGGGUUUUUGUUAUCAGGCACUUGACCUCAGCCAAAGCAGAUUUGCUAAGACGUGGAAAAAAAAGUAGGUCCUCUCUGAUAUGCAUUUAUCUUAGAGAUACUGUAGAACUCCGUCCCAAAGAAACCAGUUGAGUCUUUUGGGUCAAUCAUUUAUAUUCUAUGAAUAUUCAGGAAUAGCAUUCUCCUUUUUUAAAAAAUAUGCAAGGGAAACCCCCAUUUAGAUAAAAAUAGCUUGAUGCAAACUAACAAAAGCCAGCAAACUCAAGGUCAGAGUUUUAAAGCUUGGUUUAACUCAAAGUACUGGUUUAUUAGUUUCAUAAGAGAGUUUAAGAGGAAUUGUCACCCUCCGUUUUGGAUUUUUAUCUUCCAUCAGUUUAUAUCAUACUGACUGUAACAUUGAGACAAUUUGUCAUGAAUAGUAAGUAUGGAUGUACAAUCAUUUCAAAAGACAUACUUUGAAAUACAUAAAGGUACAUUUUGUUUUUUGUCUGAGACUGUAGAUUUUUUUUUAAACAUUGAACUAAUAUCUUGAAUUUGCACAAGUGUUUUGUAAAUAAAUA